CGACAGCAGCGUUUUGUUUUUGGUGAAUGGUGAAGUAAGUGUUCAGGGCAGAUAACACGGCGCUUGCGUAAACUGUGCGCAGGUGUGACGAGCACAACGCUCAUAGACGCUGUAACAGGAUUUCAUCAACAUCAACCUUUUGACCAGAACGCCAUUUGUGUGGAGAUUAUAACACAUGGGGAAAGGAGAAGACCUUAAAGACACGGGGAUGGCAGGACCGAGGCCAGUGGUUUUUAGCGGUCCCUCGGGUGCUGGGAAAAGCACACUACUCAAACUGUUGCUCGGAGAGUUUGACGGUGUCUUCGGCUUCAGCGUCUCCCAUACAACACGGAAACCUCGGCCAGGGGAGGAGAAUGGAAAAGAUUAUCAUUACGUCAGCAGAGAGGACAUGCAGGCAGGAAUCGCUAAGGGAGAUUUUAUUGAGAGUGCAGAAUUCUCAGGGAACAUGUAUGGAACAAGUAAAGCUGCAGUCCAGGCUGUUCAGGCCCAAAAUCUGAUUUGUGUUUUGGACAUUGACAUGCAAGGUGUGAAGAGCAUUAAGAGAACCAGUUUAAACCCCAUCUAUAUCUCCAUCCAACCUCCAUCCAUGGAUGUGCUGGAGAAGAGGUUAAGGGCAAGAAAGACCGAGUCUGAGGAGAGUUUACAAAAGCGACUCCAGGCUGCGCUGGUCGAAGUGGAGUUCAGUAAAGAGCCGGAUCAGUUUGACGUGAUCAUCAUUAACGAUAAUCUGGAUGAAGCCUAUGAGAAAUUAAAAGCAGCUCUUCUGCAGGAAAUACAAAAAGUCAGAAACACCACCAAAGCCUGAAGGUCCAGUGUAUGGCUACUGGAGACCAGCACUGGAGACCAGCACAUUCCUUACACACACACACACACACACACACACACACACACACACACACACACACACACACACACACACUCUGCUUACACACUCCUCUCCCUCACACAAAGCUGAUAUGUUCCUACAGCUUCUGAAGGGAAAAUGGUAUUUAAAUAAAUGUUCUUUUUUUA